AUGGAGCGGGAGGGUCAUAAGGCUGAAGGGACUUCAUCCCUCAUUGAGUUGCCCCUCAUCUUCAUGUUUCAGCCAGGGAAACUGAAGCUCCAUGGAGACCUCAUCCCUAACCCCGAGCCCCCACGCCAGCCCCUGGCCCAGAGGAGCCACGGCCGCACAGCAGCCCUGGUAUUUUUGCUGGUGUUCACCUGCCUGGUGUUGUCCGUGCUGUCCACUAUCCAGGAGCACCAGGAACUUGCCAAUGAGUGUCUCCUCAUCUUGGAAUUUGUGAUGAUCGUGGUGUUUGGCCUGGAGUACAUCAUCCGUGUCUGGUCCGCCGGAUGCUGCUGCCGCUACCGAGGAUGGCAGGGCCGCUUCCGCUUUGCCAGAAAACCCUUCUGUGUCAUAGACUUCAUCGUGUUCGUGGCCUCGGUGGCCGUCAUCGCCGCGGGCACGCAGGGCAACAUCUUCGCCACGUCUGCGCUGCGCAGUGGGCCCGGCGUCCCCCGCUUCCUCACGCCUCGGUCCCACCUGUGGUCUCCCCCGUUGCUGCCCCCGCAGGAGCUGAUCACCGCCUGGUACAUCGGGUUCCUGGUGCUCAUCUUCGCCUCCUUCCUGGUCUAUCUGGCCGAGAAGGACGCCAACUCCGACUUCUCCUCCUACGCGGACUCGCUUUGGUGGGGAACGAUUACCCUGACAACCAUCGGCUAUGGUGACAAGACGCCGCACACAUGGCUGGGCAGGGUCCUGGCUGCCGGCUUCGCCUUACUAGGCAUCUCCUUCUUUGCCUUGCCUGCCGGCAUCCUUGGCUCUGGCUUUGCCCUGAAGGUGCAGGAGCAGCACCGGCAGAAGCACUUUGAGAAGCGGAGGAUGCCAGCCGCCAACCUCAUUCAGGCUGCAUGGCGCCUAUACUCCACCGACAGGAACCGGGCUUACCUGACGGCCACCUGGUACUACUAUGACAGUAUCCUCCCAUCCUUCAGAGAGCUGGCCCUCUUGUUUGAGCACGUGCAACGGGCCCGCAAUGGGGGCCUACGGCCCCUGGAGGUGCGGCGGGCGCCAGUACCCGACGGAGCGCCCUCCCGCUACCCGCCCGUUGCCACCUGCCACCGGCCGGGCAGCACCUCCUUCUGCCCUGGGGAAAGCUGGAGAGAGGAGGAGGCCGCUGGCCACAGGUGCUUACGGCUCAGCCAGAUGUUUAGUAAUAAACGGAGUUUCUUUCGGAUCCACGCCAGCUGGAGACCGAGUAGCCGAAUGGGCAUCAAAGACCGCAUCCGCAUAGGCAGCUCCCAGCGGCGGACAGGCCCCUCCAAGCAGCACCUGGCACCGCCGUCAAUGGCCACCUCCCCAAGCAGCGAGCAGGUGGGUGAGGCCACCAGCCCCACCAAGGUCCAGAAGAGCUGGAGCUUCAAUGACCGCACCCGCUUCCGGGCCUCUCUGAGACUCAAACCCCGCUCUUCUGCUGAGGAGGGCCCCUCUGAGGAAGUGGCAGAGGAGAAGAGCUACCAGUGCGAGCUCACGGUGGAUGACGUCAUGCCUGCGGUGAAGACGGUCAUCCGCUCUGUCAGGAUCCUCAAGUUCCUGGUGGCCAAAAGGAAAUUCAAGGAGACGCUGCGACCGUACGACGUGAAGGACGUCAUAGAGCAGUACUCGGCAGGGCACCUGGACAUGCUGGGUCGGAUCAAGAGCCUGCAGACCCGGGUGGACCAGAUUGUGGGCAGGUGCCCCGGGGACCGAAAGGCCCGGGAGAAGGGCGACAAGGGGCCCUCGGACACAGAGGCGGCGGAUGAAAUUAGUAUGAUGGGCCGCGUGGUCAAGGUGGAGAAGCAGGUGAGUGCGCAGAGGCACAAGCUGGACCUGCUUUUGGGCUUCUACUCGAGGUGCCUGCGCUCGGGCACCUCUGCCAGCCUGGGCACCGUGCAGGCGCCGCUGCUAGACCCCGACAUCACCUCGGACUACCACAGCCCCGUGGACCACGAGGACAUCUCCGUCUCCGCCCAGACGCUCACCAUCUCCCGCUCGGUCAGCACCAACAUGGACUGAGGGGCUUCUCAGCGUCGGGACGCACUCGGCCAGCCCCUCGGCCUGGCGCUCAGACCCGCCCCCGGAGGCCUGGGGACUCUGCUCUUACUUGAACUCGCCCCUCGCGGGGAGAGAGGCCGUGCGUGGUAUGGAGCUGCCUGGGUAGGCGAGAUGCGGGCUGCGGGCCCCACCUCAGGAGCGUGCGAUGCCAGGCCGCACAGGGGGCAGCAGCAGCGCUGCCCCGCGACCUCUGGGCGCCCCCGUGCCCUGCCCGUCCCAUCAAGGCCCAACCCGCUCGCGGCAGGGGCACUGCCCGGAGAGUAUGAGCGGGUCGCUGGGGCUCUGGGUCUUGAACCAGCUUCCAGCUAUGCAAGGUGAGGUCUCCCGGCCCGCCCUUCGGACGGAGCAGGGAAGCCCUCCCGCCAAGUCCCCGCCCCUUUAGGGGCGGGCCCAAGGUGCCCUCACAGUUACGCACAAGCACAGGACCCUGCCAUUAAGCAGGUGGGCACCAUAUAUGCAAACUAUGUUAAAUAUGCAACUUUGGGGACCCCCAUGGGGUCCCUCUGCCCAUCCCUCAUUGGGAGAUGGGCCCCCAGCAGUAGCUGGUCUCAGGCUGCUUGGCCAUGGUCUCCAUUUCCACUCUUUGGCUUAUCACCCCUCCCCACCCAGCAUGGGGCCUGUUUCUCCCUUACCUCCUCCAAGAGCAGCAUCUGGGCCUCUCCUCCCUUUUCAGUGUUCCCUCCCAGGAGCACCCUCUUCCUACCAGGUGUCCACUCCUCUCUCUGGCCCUCCACUCACAUUCGACAGCACACGUUUCUGUGUUCUCCCCGAAAUCUCCCACAGACAAUGCUCCCGCAUCACAGGAACAUGUCUCUUUAGUUUCCCCAGACAUGCAGAAAGUCUCACACUCACACUGACACAGUUACACACAUGGAGACAUUAGCACAGAGCCACAGCCUUCCCGGGGCCUCUGCAGCUGAUGCCAGUGGGCUGUCCUUGCAGGAUGAUGUCCACUAAGUGGUGCCCCCCACUCCAUCCAGGUAGGAGAGGGAGCACUGCAGGGACCCCAGGUCUCUCCAGGCCCCACCCCAGAGCUUUACCAGCUCUCCUUUCUCAAGAAGAUCUACUCCUCACUGGUCCAGGAGCCCUAACUGCUGCCUCUGCCUGCCCCCAAGGGCCCUCCUCGACGUCCCCACAGCACAACUCAGGCCUAGGCCUCUGGGGCCCGGACAGCACUGGAAAGACCCCAGGCCCCUCCCCAGAUGGUUAUCAGGCCCGCUUCUAUCCAGGCUUGCUGCCUUCCUGGUCACUGUAACUCCCAGAGAGAAAAAUAAUGCACCUAGCAACCACCAUUGCUCAGGCACCAAUUGUGCAUCCAGCACUCACAUGCACUGUUUCCCCUCCUCCCAUACCCCACUGUUCACUUUAAUUGGCAGCCCCUCUACUGGCAUAAACCCCCACCCACUCCAGGCCCCCAGCACCUCUGUGGUAUCCCUACUCUUUGUCCCUCUUCUGCAAAGCUAUUGCAGGUGGCAGGAGAGUGAUGUGUAGGGGGACCCUCUGUGGGGUACCAGUGAACAAGGGGCUCAGGCCCAGCCACCUGCAUCUCAUGACUGGGGACCUGCAUGCACCAGCGCCAGGGCUGGGGUUGGAUCUUGCUCAGCCCCAUGGUGCUCAGCCUCUGCCCAACAUGCCCUCUGCAUGUCACCAUCAUGCCCUGGAUGGAGCCUAUGCCGGCUAACCUCACCUGCACUGCACUGUCCCCAGAGAGCCAUCCCUGGGCCCCUAGAGACAGAGCUGCGGAGAGGGGCAGGAGAACGGGAUUAUCCUCUGACUAAAGGAGACUGGGGAAGAAGCCCUCGCUCCUUCCGCAAUCAAGGUUCCCCACCAAACCGGUUCUCAGAUAUGCAAGUACCUCACUUUGUUAACUUAUUAACUUAUUGGUUUCAUUAAAGUUUUCUGUAGGA